CGCCCCUAAAAAGGAAAUAAUAUGAGCAGCUCCGUUCGCCAUCCCCGCUUCCUCCUCCUCCUCCUCUCAUGGCUUUGAUCCGAUGGACCGCCACCUCUCUCUCCUCUCUCGGCAUCUUUCCUUCCUCCAAUCCUCGCCUCGCUCUUCCCCGGCGUUGCUUCUCUCGAUUCCCUCGCCGCCCGCUUCCUCCAUCCGGGAGCCGUUCCGAAUCGGCGAGCUCGAAGGUUGUGCUGAAGGAGAUGGAAUUCCCGGAACUAGAAAAAUGGGUUCAAUCAUAUGGAUUUAGAUCUGGGCAGGCCAUGAUGUUGUGGAAGUGCCUAUAUGGAAACAACAGCUGGGCACAUUGUUAUGAUGAAUUGACAGGUUUAAAGAAAGAAUUUAGGAAAAUGAUAAGUGAAAAUGCUAUUCUAGAGGCAUUGUCAGUGAAAGAAAUUCUCAGAGCAUCGGAUGGAACUCAAAAGAUUUUGUUCGUUUUGAAAGACGGGCAGGUGAUAGAAACAGUUGUGAUUCCUUGCAGUAGGGGGAGGACUACAGUUUGUGUUUCAAGUCAAGUGGGUUGUGCUAUGAAUUGUCAAUUCUGCUACACUGGCAGGAUGGGUUUAAGGAAACAUCUAUCAACAGCUGAAAUAGUUGAACAGGCUGUUUUUGCUCGCCGAUUGUUCUCCAGUGAAUUUGGAUCUAUUACAAAUGUUGUAUUUAUGGGUAUGGGUGAACCACUACAUAACAUUGACAAUGUCAUAAAAGCUGCAGCCAUAAUGGUCGAUGAGCAGGGUCUUCAUUUUAGCCCUCGCAAGGUGACCAUCUCGACCAGUGGGCUUGUCCCACAAUUGAAACGCUUCCUUCGUGAAUCGAACUGUGCAUUAGCAGUUAGUCUCAAUGCCACGACAGAUGAGGUCAGAAAUUGGAUCAUGCCAAUCAACCGGAAAUACAAUCUCAGCCUGCUGCUGGAGACCUUAAGAGUGGAACUUCAGUCCAAACCUAAGUAUAAAAUACUAUUUGAAUAUGUGAUGCUUGCAGGAGUAAAUGACAGCAUUGAGGAUGCAAAGAGACUUGUAGAACUCGUUCAUGGGAUUCCUUGCAAGAUCAACCUCAUCUCGUUCAACCCUCACAAUGGAUCUCAUUUCAAGCCUACCCCCGAAGAGAAGAUGAUAGAGUUCCGGAAUAUUCUGGCUGAAGCUGGGUGUGUCGUUUUCUUGCGACUUAGCAGAGGGGAUGACCAGAUGGCUGCUUGUGGCCAGCUAGGGGAGCCUGGUGACAUCCGGCUACCGUUACUUCGUGUUCCUGAACAAUUUUCAAAUGACCGUAUGAUAUCAAAGGAAGAUCAGUGAAUGAGGAAGUAACUUAUAGAUGACACAUUUAAGAUUAGUAGAGCAAAAAGUUAGAUACCAUAGAUGCUGUGAUGGGCAUCAUGUGUCAAUUUGUCAAAACUUGCAUCAUUCUUGUCUCAGGGAAUCAAAUUCUCACUGAGAAAACAAUUCUUGACUUCUUGUGAGAUGUUUGUGCUAACUGUAUACUUAGUAAAAUUGCUGACCCUACUUGAAGGUCAUUUUGA